UUCUGCUACGACAGCCCCGCCGCGCUGCAGACGCAGGUGCAGCGGGACAUGAAGGUGAACACGGCGCAGUUCAUGUCGCUCUACGCCUGGUACUCCUGGCCCAACGUGGUUCUCUGCUUCUUCGGGGGUUUCCUGAUCGACAGGGUGUUCGGGAUACGGUUGGGAACUAUAAUAUUUAGUGUCUUUGUUUGUGUUGGCCAGGUGGUUUUUGCUUUGGGAGCACUGAUCAAUGCUUUCUGGCUGAUGGAUGCAGGCAGAUUCAUAUUUGGAAUAGGGGGAGAGUCCUUGGCUGUGGCACAAAACACUUAUGCAGUCAGUUGGUUUAAAGGCAAGGAGUUAAACCUGGUGUUUGGAUUACAGCUCAGCAUGGCCAGAAUUGGGAGCACAGUGAACAUGAAUAUCAUGGGAUGGAUAUACUCCAGAGUUCAAGAUCUCCUGGGAUAUACUGGGCCCAGCACUCUUGGGUUCACUCUCAUGAUAGGUGGGGUAACGUGUCUUUUCUCACUGGCCUGUGCCUUAAUCCUGGCUUAUCUGGACAGGAGAGCAGAGAAGCUCCUGUGUAAAGAGCAAGGGAAAACAGGUGAAGUGAUUAAGCUAACGGACGUCAAGGACUUCUCCUUGUCCUUGUGGCUUAUUUUUGUCAUCUGUGUCUGUUACUAUGCAGCAGUUUUUCCUUUCAUUGGGCUUGGAAAGGUUUUCUUUAUUGAGAAAUUCAAGUUCUCAUCUCGAGAAGCAAGUGCAAUUAACAGCAUUGUGUAUAUCAUCUCAGCACCCCUGUCUCCAGUCUUUGGGCUCCUGGUGGAUAAACUUGGGAAGAACAUCAUCUGGGUUUUGUGUGCUGUAAUAACUACACUUGCUUCUCACAUUAUGUUGGCUUUUACCUUCUGGAACCCCUGGAUAGCAAUGUGCUUGCUGGGAGUGGCCUACUCACUGCUUGCCUGUGCCCUGUGGCCCAUGGUGGCCUUUGUUGUUCCAGAACACCAGCUGGGAACUGCUUAUGGCUUCAUGCAGUCUAUCCAGAACCUGGGGCUGGCCAUUAUUGCUAUAGCAGCUGGGAUGAUUCUGGACACAAGAGGAUACUUGUUUCUUGAAGUCUUCUUCAGUGCUUGUGUUUGCUUGUCACUCAUAGCUGUAGUCAUGCUGUAUUUUGUGAAUCACCUCACAGGUGGUGAUCUAAACUGGUCUGCAAAGAAGAGGGAAAAACUGCAAAAAGCAGUUGCCACUGAGUAAGAACAAGAGAGGCUCAGACAUCAGAAUGAAGAUGACUUGGCUAAAUUGCAGCCAAAAGCUGAUGACUUUAGUUUAAGGAACAAAUACCUCUCCAGACUAGGCACUCAGCUACCAGAUAAUUACUCUUCCUGUUUCUCAACAAUGGCAAACAGAAGCCUCCUGAAAUAG